UUUGGUGCACUCAAAGCAAAACGCACACGCACAUACCCCAAAUGUAUCGUUUUCAAUGUAAUUAAUUUUAAAUCUUUCACAAAAACUGGCCUGAUCUGAAAGUCAUCCUUUUUCUGAGGAUCUUCGUGGAGCAGUUUGGAAGAAUCAACCAUCACCAAUUUCGAAAGGCUGGACUGCUACAUAAGAACAGCACAAAUUCAAUGGUUAGGUCCCAGGGGAAGUGGCUUGAGCAGGGAUACCCAGACUUCCCUUUCUCCAGCUACUUCUUCCAGCUCUUCCAGAGGGAUCCUGAGCUCCCUGUCCUGGCCGUACCGGUCCCCGAGGUGGCACGCACCUGCCACAUUCGGCGGAGGCGCACACCUGCGCCUCGUCUCUACACAAUGAGUUUACAAGAGAUCUUUGAGAACAUGAAACUGGCCCGUGAAUAUGCUUUGUUGGGAAACUACAACUCAGCCAGUGUCCUCUACCAAGGCCUGCUAGAACAAAUCAAGAAACAUGUGUACAGAACACGAGACCCCAGUCUUCAACAGAGAUGGCAGAGCUUGUGGCAAGAAGUUAGUGAGGAAAGCAGCCAGGUUCAAGACCUUCUCUCGACACUGGAGACCGUUCAGCUGCACGCUGGGGCUGUUAAACCAAUUGAACCAGAUGAUUUUGAGAUAAGGCCCGUGCCCAUUGAACCACGGCAUUCCCCAUCUCCUGUCAGGCGGCCUGCAAACCCAUAUAAAGACAGCAAACCAAUCAACAACCGCCUUAGUGUGGCAGUGAAGGCCCAGCAAAGGCAUUCCUCUCGUGGGCCCAACGGGGACAGACACAAACCCGCCAAGGGCAAAACAAAAGAAAUGAAGGAAGCAUCUGCUGGCAAAGCAAAGGAAGAUAAGAGUAAAGGAGAAGGCCAGGAAAAAGAAUUGAAAAAGUUUGAUGGGACAGGAUAUGACAAAGACCUUGUGGAAGCCCUGGAAAGAGAUAUCAUAUCUCAGAAUCCAAACAUUAAAUGGGAUGACAUUGCAGACCUCGGUGAUGCAAAAAAACUCCUAAAAGAAGCGGUUGUGUUGCCAAUGUGGAUGCCAGCAUUUUUCAAAGGCAUACGAAGACCAUGGAAGGGAGUGCUCAUGGUGGGACCGCCUGGCACAGGAAAAACGCUUUUAGCAAAAGCAGUUGCUACUGAAUGUAGGACUACUUUCUUCAACGUCUCCUCGUCCACACUGACCUCUAAAUACAGAGGAGAGUCUGAAAAGUUAGUCCGCCUGCUCUUUGAGAUGGCCCGAUUUUAUGCUCCCACUACGAUUUUCAUCGAUGAAAUAGACUCUAUGUGCAGUCGCAGAGGGACAUCUGAGGAACAUGAGGCCAGCCGAAGAGUCAAGGCAGAACUGCUGGUGCAGAUGGACGGUGUUGGUGGAACGUUGGAAAAUGAUGACCCCUCAAAGAUGGUCAUGGUGCUGGCUGCCACCAACUUCCCGUGGGAUAUUGACGAGGCUCUUAGAAGACGUUUAGAGAAGAGGAUUUAUAUUCCCCUGCCGUCAGCAAAAGGACGGGUGGAGCUACUCCGGAUUAGCCUGAAGGAGCUGGAGCUGGCCAAUGAUGUGGAUUUAGACAAAAUCGCUGAGCAGAUGGAAGGUUAUUCAGGAGCUGACAUCACAAAUGUGUGCAGGGACGCUUCCCUGAUGGCCAUGAGGCGAAGAAUUGAAGGACUCACACCUGAGGAGAUACGCAACAUCUCCCGGGAUGAGAUGCACAUGCCUACUACUAUGGAGGACUUUGAGGCAGCCCUAAGGAAAGUUUCCAAAUCUGUGUCUGCAGCAGACCUCGAGAAGUAUGAAAAGUGGAUUGAGGAGUUUGGGUCCUGCUAAAGGGUUGAGACUGGGCUAGGUAGCAAUUGUUCAUAUUUGCCUGGGGUUGACAGAGAAAGGUGCUUUGUUUUUGUAAAUGUGUUAAUAAGCUUCACAUAUUCAACUGUAGUUUUUAAACCUGACAUGGGGUUGGGGGGGGGGUGGUUACAACACAAACCAUAGACCUGACCACACGUUUUUGUGCCUUUUCAUUUGCCUUGAAUCAUUAUGACAAUAUUGUAUAACCACAGCACCAAAAGGUCAUAUCUCAAUGCUUGUUUUUCAUGCACUUGCUUUUUCUAUGCAAUUGAAUUCU